AUGAAGCCCCGGAAACCUCGAGAUCGAUCCUGCCCAUCCAGCGGCAGGAUCACUGCUAGCGUUCUGCUCUCUCUCCUUGUACUCGCAACCCCCAGUGCAGCCAGCAACCCCCCCGCCCUCAUCGACCCUUGGAAUCCUGUACCCGUAUCCAGGGAGAACACGCACGACUUCACCUUGAGACACAUCUUCCAUCGGGGCACAUAUCAAGACCCAAGACUACACAAACGCUACGAUUUCCGCCCUCAGGCCCCCGUGUUGGUGACAGCAAACGACGAGUCUCUGGCCUCCGUUGAAGAGCCGCCACACUUCACUGCUCGAUCCAGCCCUCUGGAGAUUGAAAGAUUGGUUGACCGACAACCAAACAUCAUUGACAAAUAUCUACAACAUGCUCGCCUCACGGGUACCCCUGCGAUCCUCGGCACGUCGGCAUGGACAAGGGACGAAGUCAAGGGCCCGAACAUCUCCGACAAAGACACUGUCCUCAAUCUUGCCAUUAUGUCGGCCGAUGCGUAUGCUCCUGUCCCCGGCGAGGGAGACUGGCAGGAUGUAUCCCAAGGGUAUAACCGGUCAAAGGAUUUCGGAUGGGACGGCGAUGGUUUGAGGGGUCACAUCUUCGCCGAUGAGGGCAAUGGAACCGUCAUCAUCAGUCUGAAGGGCACUUCUCCUGCUGUUUUCGAUGGCGACGGCACAACCACGAGCGACAAGCUUAACGAUAACCUUUUUUUCAGCUGCUGUUGCGCGCAGGGGGGGCAAUAUUUCUGGCGACAGGUCUGUGAUUGCUACGACAGCACCUACACCUGCAACCAAACCUGUCUCGUCAAAGCCUUGAGACAAGAAAAUCGAUACUAUCGUGCGGCCAUCGACUUGUAUACCAAUGUUACUGAACUAUAUCCUGACUCGAAUGUCUGGCUCGUUGGUCAUUCCUUAGGUGGCGCGGUGACUAGUCUGCUCGGACUCACCUUUGGCCUCCCUACAGUGACAUUCGAGGCUCCCGGCGAGGACCUACCUGCGAGACGGCUCGGUCUGCCAAGGCCUCCCUCUUCGGAUCCUCACAGGCCGCGCACCAAGUACACCGGAUCCUAUCACUUUGGCAACACCGCCGAUCCGGUGUUCAUGGGUACAUGUAACGGAGCUACAGCAACCUGCACACUUGGUGGUUAUGCGAUGGAAUCCCAGUGCCAUACAGGAAAGCAAUGCGUUUACGACACGGUGAGCGAUUAUGGCUGGCGUGUAGGGAUAGGCAAUCACAAGAUCCGCAACGUCAUUGAAAGCGUGAUCAAGGUCUAUCCAACGGUGCCUGAAUGCACGCCUGAUGAUGAGUGUGUCGAUUGCUAUAACUGGAAUUUCUUCGAGAGCAAUGGAUCGCAUCCCACGACAACCAGAACGACCACCACUUCAAGCUCAUCUACGCGCACGCGGACGACAACGUGCAAAACGCCGGGCUGGUGGGGAUGUUUAGAUGAAACAACAACAACAGGUACUACCACUACACCAGUUGUUACCACCACCUACACGACCACCAGCUGCGCCACUCCUGGUUGGUUUGGAUGCAAAGAGACAGUCAACGUGACUGUCACGACGACGACCACCUUACCAACUACAUCCAUUCCUUCUUCGGCUGGUUCCACGUCCGCCUCUUCGACGUGUGAACACCCAGGUUGGCUUGGCUGUCGUGACUCGACAGUUACCAAGGGCCCAUCCCCGUCGCCGACGUCGUCACAAACAAGAGCAAGCAAGACGGCGGAGCCGCAUACAUGCGAAACUCCAGGUUUGUUUUUCGGGUGCCGCGACCGUCAACGGCAUACUCAUUCGAUUCAUGAUUCCCUCCCGUCAGGGACGACAGCCUCGGUUACCGAGUCUCCUAGUACUAGCGCUAGCAGUACUCAGCCAAGCAGUACGGAGACUAGGAGACAUGAGAAGUGCAGGCAUCGCGCGUUCUUUGGGCUGAUUUGCCUGGGACAGAACGAGGACGCGGAUGUGGAUCCGCAGGAAUUGUGA